GGAUACUCCAAAAUGUUUUAUACAUUAGGUACACGCGGCGGCACCCACUAAUGUUUAUGAUGGAGGCUAGAUCCCACAAUAUUAUAAUCUGUACAUUAUAAUAUCUAAUGGUGAUCCUAAUAGAUAUACAAUUGACAUCCCAAAUUAGGUAUAUCGAUCAAUAAAAUGAUCUUCUUAACUCAAUCAUGGAGAAGCAAGUUGUCGAAUAAGAAAGCAUGGAGAGUGACCCUUCAAGAAUGGUUCAAGAGUCUAUCACAUGCAACAACUUUUUUUUUAUUAGAAAAUGUGAGACCCCAUUAUAGAGGGGUAAGGCAGAGACCAUGGGGCAAAUGGGCGGCCGAAAUAAGGGAUCCGAAGAAGGCGGCUCGUGUGUGGCUUGGAACAUUCGAAACCGCCGAGGGCGCCGCACUUGCAUACGACCAAGCCGCUCUGAAAUUCAAAGGGUCGAAAGCCAAGCUCAAUUUCCCACAAAGAGUUCAAGGCAAAACAGGAAUCCGCUUUGUCAGUACUGGUGGCAGAAGAGGCGGAACUUCCUCUUCUGCCACCACCCAUCAGGUUGGUGGCAAGUCGUCAACGCCUCAAGAUGAGGCGGCUUACCCUUUUCUCCAAGAGUACGCUCGACUUCUUUCUAGCUCGGACGCAGAGUUCCCUUACUUGACUUCAGAUCUUUACAAUCAGACGACCAGCAUAAGUUUGCAACAACCUUGGGAGCCGACAGCAUUCCUUCCUCCUCCCCCAGUAGGGGUAGCGUCACUUCUGACGCCGUCACAACAACAACAGCAAUAUCAACAACAUGAGAAUUUUCAAUAUAUGUCAGAGUACGAGAGUUUCCCCGGUUCGGAUUAUCAAAAUUACGGCAUGGGUUUUGAUGAUCCCAACAACCCAAAUGAGAAUGGACUAAACUAGCUUAUUGUGUAAUUUUGCAUGCUAUGAAUGUUUAUUGAUCAUAAUUGAGGUGGAAUUCGUGAUUUUGUUGACAUCUUUAAUAUAAAAGUCGUGCGAUAUUCGAGAUUACGGAUGUACGGUUGUACAAGUUGUGCAAAUGAAUUUGGUAGUUGCAU